CAGCGGCCCCGGUCUUCAACUCAUUACAAGUCGAAUCGACCUCCUUUACAUACUCAUCUGACCUGUAGGUUUCGGGUUGACAGACAUGCUCGAGCAAGAAAUUGGUUGUACAGGCACCCCAACGGUGCCGAUGACACGCCGCAAAUCAACACUGAACAUGCGCGAUUCAGAACGCGAGACCGCAAUCGUAUGGGCCACACUCUCACGCCGAGCAGUAAGAACCUCAGCAGGUACAGCACUGAGCGUAACUGAAUCGGUUACAAUCAGCUUUCCACACUUCCUGUAUUUAUUAUUCUGCAUCGGCAGAGUGAAAAUUUCCGUUGUAAACGACACGAUCAGGUCACGGUACACAAGUUUUGUCUUCCGUUACAUAAACACAGAAAAUCCACAUACCGGGCACACGAUUCACAGGUUAAGGAAACUUAUUUUUUAACUUUUAAGGCACCCGCAGCAAUCUGACAGCCAAGCAACUGCAACAGUCAGAACCCUGAAGCAAGAGAGAGA